CGCAGCCCUAUCCGACAUAUUUAGCAUUCUCGUCAUCAUGUAAUGUUUGAGUCCAAUGAGAAUUACCGAAAAGAAAACUUUACUCAGAUUAUGCCUCCCUUGCUUCAUUCUAAUAAAUGGGAAUUUUUAGAUUGCUGAGGAUCAACAUUCCCCGUUGUUCAGUCAAGGAGCGUGAAUUUUAUUUACUGGUGAGUCACAUUCGCCAAGUCAGAGUGUUGUUAAACGGACAUAUAUGGGUUUGCAUAGGUCGGGUGAAAACUUACCAACUCAUGGAACACUGCCCCCGAAACAUUCGCUGGAACGGGAUAAUACCGAACCGUUCAACUGGCACCUCAAGGAGGUAGUUUGGCAAGCCGGCUACCAAAGGUCACACAAUACCUAGCAAGAAUGCUAAUGGAUAUUUGCCGACCACCUUACUGACGAUCCACUAGGGAAGCUGGUAAACUGUCCUCCUCUGAACAACUAUGAUCCACUAUUUCCUAAUAACUUCGACCAUUUCUCUACCUACAGACUGAGACGACGCUGAUUGCACGUGACACCAGACCAUUGCCAUAUCCGUUUGGGCCACUGCAAUCGUUAUGUUUGAUUUCACUCCAGAUAAGCCCCUUGGAACCAAUCGGAGUUGUGUUGGUGAUCAACAGCGCGAAUGUCCAUCCAUAGAGUCGGCUCUGAUUGCCGCAAGUAAAGCCAAUUUGAAACAAGAUCACUGGUUGAAACAGUUCCCUUUCCUCUCGGACUUAAUUGCACGGUGCAGAACACGUCCAUUCGCCGCACUUCUUCUCUCCGGUCUGCUAUGUUGCACUUUCGCUACCAUUCAAAUGAUGAUCUCUGUGCGUCUGAUUGAAGUAGGGAAACUCUCUGCUCUCCUCCCUCACCAUAUCAUUAUGGCUCUCAUGACCUAUGCAGUCACUGUGCUUGGAUUGGUUGCAUUUUUGGGGCCAGCGAGAGAAAUGAACCUCCGCAGCAUCCUAUUGAUCACCACGACAGUGAUGCAUUUUCUGCUCUGUUUCUUUACUCUCCUGGACAACGUCCGUCAGUUGAUGUGGGAAAAGAAUCAACCACUGAAAGCGGCACCGUGGGUACAGUCAGCUAUCAGAGAGGCCAAAUCCACGGAGCCACGAAUUCUGGUCGUUUUACUUGUCCUCAAUUUGGUGGCUGUGGUCAUUCCGAUGCAAAAUUUGUUUGUUCUUUUUAUGGUCUACGAGAAACCUGAAGCCAAACUCUCAGAGUAUUCGGAGACAUCACAAGGUGAAAUGGAGGAUGAGUGUGCGAGUGUAACGGACUGAACAUUAAGCUGUAAAACCGGAUGAAGGUUGUACUUUUCCAAGCAAACUCUUUUCUGGCUCAUGGAGUUGUUUACAUGAGUUGUUGAUUAAUUAAUUGGAAGUCAAAUACAGGUUAGAUCUUCAUA